UAUACAUAAAAGCGCAGGCUUCCUGAGAAGACUCUUCUUGACUCCUGACGUGAGACGACAUGAAAGGCAAAAUGGACCUGCUCCUGCUUGUAUUUGUCUUCUAUACAUCGUCGCCAGGCGUGUGUCCACUGAGAUCCCAGGAAUUACACGUCAAGGCGGGUGAGAUGGCGAUACUGCAUUGCCCUCAUUACAGAGGAUACAGUGACAGAGAGGCCGAUGUGUUCUGGACCAGUCACACCGUGCAUAAGACGAAUUUCUUCAACAACAUGUCGACAUCAGCUGAGCGGAGGCAGAUGGGUGUGCAGGUUCACGGAAGAAUCCUUGUUAUUCUGAGAGCCUCCGUAAACCAUCAGGGGAAUUACUCGUGCUCUUUUCGGAAUUCCAGCAGGCGGUCCUGGAUCAGUCUCAAAGUAUACACCGCUCAGUCCAGGGAGUAUGACGAGAUAACCCAGUAUAAGAAAACAUGUUACACAGAGGAGCCCUGCACUUUGUAUUGCCCUGAUGAACAUAUUCCUGUUGAAACCCUGAAUAUCAGCAGCAAUAGCCUUACAUGGCACAAGGAGGGCGAGUCAUCACCAAGUAACGAUUACUUCUCAAGUGUGAAAAAGGAGGACAGUGGCAUCUAUACCUGCACCCGGUCUUACCUGUAUGACGGUCAACUAUAUAACAUGACAUCUACAAUGAACCUCGAUGUCCAACCAAGCGGUGAGACAAACAGAUUUUGUAAAUAUUUCAUAAACUUUAAUAUAUGCUCAUCAAAAGGUUUCUUUCUUUUUCUUUUUUGCAUAGAAAAAUCUAAUACAUCAGUGAUCAUUUCCCCAAAGGACAACCAGAUAUUUGAUGUAGAUUUAGACUCGACGGUGGUGAUUGACUGUAAAGCUGUUAUGUAUUCAGAAUUUGAGCACUUGUUCUGGUUAAGUGGAACUUCAUUUGUAGAAGUAAACAGCAGUCUGCCAGUUUUCUAUAACUAUACCAGAUCUGCCUCAGUCAGUGACCAUAAGACAAAGGAAAUCAAAGGGACAGCAUCUCUAGUCUUCAGAAGAGUGUCAGAGGAUGAUCUGUCAAAACGUUUUAUCUGUAAACUGCAAUCUGACUAUGAAACGAGUUUUGUGACCAUCACCCUAAAACAAAAAGCUCCUCCUUCCUCUCUCUCUGUGGCUUUAUGGAUUGUGGCCUUUGUGCUGGUGGUGAUGAUGGUGCUAACAGUAGUUAUUUAUGCAAAGUUUAAAAUGGACAUCACUCUUUUCCUGCGAGACAAUCUUGGCUGCUGUCGCAGCACCCCAGAUGGAAAAAGCUACGACACCUGUUUGAUGUAUUACAAGAGCACCACAGAUGCAGGACUAAAUGAAGAUGACAGAAAAACACUGGAGAGCGAAAUGAAGGAGAGAUUUGGUUACAGCCUCUGUCUCUAUAGUCCUGACAUUGUAGCAGAGGAAGAGGCUGUGUUAGACUGCUUAAAGCAGAGCCACACACUGGUUUUGGUUCCCUCCUCUGAAGAUUCAGGUCCAGGAUCUGGCCUGCUGAACGUCAUCCAAGCGCCCCUCAAAGAGCUGCACACUCACGUGGUUUUCAUCCAGACUGAGACUGCAGGAGGCUUGAAUACAAGUUCAUCACCAGAGGCCUUACAACUCUGCAAGGCUGCAGACUGUGUCACCUGGAAGGGCAAAAGCUCCUUGCUGCCUUCCUCCUCCUUCUGGAAGCAGCUACGCUAUUACCUACCUGCCCAACAGGGGGCACCAAGACUUUUACCAGAAGUAUCCAGUAUAAGAAUACAUCAUCAAUAGUGUUACAUCCUCACUGCACAUGACUCAGGAUACUGUGACUCCUCCAAAAAGGAAAGCUUUAAAUCAGAAGUGCCUGCCUUCCUGGUAUAAUUCACAACGGCAGCACCUCUGAUGGCAGCAAGGCCGCAGACACUUGGGUGUUCUGGAACGCCAUUUUGUUAUAUGUUUGGCAUAUAAUGACAAUAAAUUGAUUCUGAUUCUGAAAUGUGUGCCUUAAAGCAGAUAACCCAUAAGCUGGAAAAGAAAUGAUGCCUCAUUAAGAAGGUCUUCAUUUUGCCUGGAAAACUUGUUUGUAGCUCUAUUUAAAAAAAAAAAAAGCCCUCCAUAAGCUAGAACAUCUUACUGUUCAUCACUGAUAUAUCAUUGUUUUGUUAGUUGUGCAUUUAGUUCUUUUUUUCAGUUAUAGAUAAUUUUAGGGGUUUUUUUUAGAUCUUUUUUGUGUUCCCAUUCUGCUCCUUCAGUCUUGUCUAUGUUUUGUUUUUUUUGUCUUUCUUCUUCCCCUGUUUAGUUGUGUCUGUCUUUCUGUUUUAUUUUGGUAAAUGCUGUUCUCUGUAUUUUAUGUUAAUAGUGUAUGUAGCUGAGAAAUUAAAGAAUAUAUGUAGAAAAUAUUUAUAUAUAUUUGUGAUAGUUGUUUAUUACAGUGGUCCCUACAGUGGCGGGGCGCUGCUUCUCCUUUCCUUUUUCUCUUAUACGGUUUUAAAAUAUGAUCUACUUUUAGCAGUAGCUGCAUAUGCUUAGGUUUGCAGUUGUUUGUAAAGUGUGCAGAUUCAAUAAAAAAAAUAUU